AUGUGCAACAGGAAUACAGUGAAAUUCAUUCAUAUUGUACUCCUUGCCAUAGCAUUUGACAACCUUGCCUUUCACUCAAAUACACAAGCCUUCAUCAUCAAUGGAAAUAGCAAUAGACGGCUUAUGGAACGAGCCGUUUUCGCAUUAGAAAAGGUGUUAUAUUAUUAUAAGCAUAACUAUGAUACGAUAAAUAUUGAUUCCCUCUUAGGAGUGCGAGUUACUGAAGGAAUAUUACGAAAAAUUUUAAUCGACAACAACAAUGCAGAUGGGAAAUUAGAGAAUGGAAAAACGAAACUUAUCCCUCAAAUCAGAAAAAUGUAUAUAAAUGCUAAAAAUAUUUCCAUGAAAUCCUCGCCAAUUGUUCGUGAUGGUAAUACGCAAGCGUUUCAAAUGUUUCAGAAGAUCGUUUCAAAACCCUGGCAGUUAUUCCGUCCAUUUCAAAAACUUAAUCGAAAAAAAUUUAAAAAACCUUUGAAAAACCUCAUAUUUGACGGCCCGACGUCCGAUCAUUGUAUAUCUCUUUUGUUAGAAGAUAAAGAUCGACACAGUACAUGCAACAUAACGGAUUUCUGUUGGCAAUUUGAGAUUCAGAAAGAUGCUGAUGGCUACACACCCACACAUCAAGUCCUAUAUUUCCUUUUUGGACUGGGAGAAGGUUGUGAAAAUACGUUCAAUAAGAAGUUUCAAGAAUCUGGUUUGAACAGCAGUGUACACGAUUUUCUUCAUGAAUUAUGUGAAAAUAUUUUGCAAACUGCAGAUGAGUUGUGGCAUGAUAGCAAUUUAUUGGAAAUUGAAAAAGAUUUGUUUGUGGAGCAAACUCUAGUGUGUAGUUUAGCGAGUUACGAAGAUUUCUUGAAUGAGAGGUAUUUUGAUAUGAUUCUUGGAUGGCAGAUAGAUAUUGGAUGUUUUGGAACAAAGGUAUUUUAA